AUGGUCGGCACUGAUAUAUAUCGAAUACAAAUAGACUUCACAGCAAGAGACGAGUCGACCACCGAAGAAGACCAACAUUUUGUUCACAGUCCAACUUUCGAUUACCGUUAUUCUCCAAUCUCUGUGGUGAGCAUAGAUCCUCCCACGAUGCAAGCAGACGCUGUGCCCAACGAGCCACUAAGGGCCAAGCAGCUUGGGAAGGGUGUGAUUAAGUUAUAUCGUGACUUUGAUGAUGACGAUCAAGAACUUCUGCUGAAAUCGCUUGUCUCCAGCACAAGCGAUCAAACCAUGCUUUCGAUCAUUGCCUUGCCCACAUACUUCACGGCUACCGACCUUUUAGGGUAUAUUGGAGACCAUCAUAUGGAGCAUAUUACACAUAUAAGGAUUCUACGAAGUGAAAAGGCCAACAGGUUUUUGGUUCUUCUCAAAUUUGAUGAUGUUCUACGGGCAGCUGAGUUUCAGUAUCACUUCGAUGGCAAGCCUUUCAACUCAAUGGAGCCCGAAGCGUGUAACGUUGUAUAUGUGAAGUCAGUCGUCACAACAGGGUCAUACGAAGUGCCAGCUAAAGACACGCUUAUACCGUUUUUGCUUGAGGAUCCAUUCACCAGCCAGCCUGAUGAUACGAUCACGCCUAUUGAACUCCCUACAUGCCCAGUGUGUCUUGAGAGACUUGAUUUUGAAGUUUCAGGUCUCCUUACAAUCCCAUGUCAACAUACGUUUCACAGCAACUGUCUUUCGAAAUGGAGGGAUGAUACCUGCCCCAUUUGUCGUUACACCAACAGUGUACUGAACCAAAACAUCAAGAGGUCAGUCAGGAGACUACUGCAGAUCAAUUCUAGAAUGCAGAUGCAGCAGCAUGACCCAGGUGAAGAAGGUACAAGUAGUACCAGCUCGGCGGACGUUUGCAUGGACUGCCUGGUAACUACUAACUUAUGGGUAUGUUUAAUCUGUGGAAACGUAGGCUGUGACAGGUAUGCGCCUGACCAGCAUUCUUUAAAGCAUUUUGUGGAAACAGGCCACUGUUUUGCGAUGGAGCUUCAUACUUCGAGAAUCUGGGAUUACGCUGGAGACCGCUAUGUUCAUCGUCUAGUAACCACAGAAGAGGAUGGUAAAAUCGUCGAGUUACCAGAAAAGGAUAACACACACCCGAAGCUGAAUAAAGAUGAUGACAAUGAAGAAUAUUCAGAAUUGCUUCUUAGUCAGCUUAUCAGUCAAAAGGAAUACUACGAGUUAUUGCUUCAUGAGAAGAGUCAGAACGGAAAUCAACGAGGGAGUCCAGUAGCCACCGACCAAGGCUCUUCCAAAGUGAAAGAAUUGGAGUCAAAAGUCGAUGAGCUUAGUGAGCAGCUCAAGAAGUUAUCUGCCAACGUGAUUCCGGCGCUCAACCUGAAGAUUGAUUUGAAGACCAAAUCUCUUCGAAUUGCAGCUUCUGAACUCAACGAGGCAAACAUAUUGAACGAGGGAUUAUCGGCCAAGGUAGACCAUCUAUCACAGGAAAACGCAAAGCUCAAAGAGAGUAAUACUGAUCUAAGUGAUCAAGUAAAAGAUCUCAUGUUCUACUUGGAAGCGCAGGCAAAAUUCAAGGACCAGCCUGAAGAUGUCACGGAAGGCCAGGUGAUCAUGAAACCAAAGAGGAAUAACAAAAAGAAGAAAUAG